UGGUGGCAAACUGACGUCAUUGUUGAGUUCCGAAAUUGAAAUCAAUAAAUGCAAUGUGCAAUGUUGUGUGUACAUCACGGACGGUGAGAAAUGGCGAUUAUGUCAAAACAUCGCACUAGAUACCAUCGCACUUGACUCAAAAUCGACAGCGCGGCUAUCUAUUGAACGAGAUGGCUCGCAAUAGUAAGAAGAAGCUCGCGAUAUUCGUGGGUACAUCGAAGUGUCUCAUUUAUGCAGAAGCAAAGUACUGUGCCUCUGAUAUGCCUGGAGAAAUAAAAUACUAUGAAUGUUCAAGAACAGAGUAUUGUUGUGCUUUUGGUUGUUGCGUGUCACCUGGAUUUCAUUUCCAUCACUUAUGGUACUAUUGGAUUCUGGUUAUAAUCAUGUUCUUAGUCUGCUCUGGUGGUGGUUGGUGGUAUCGUUACUGGUUGCAAGGUAGAUACAGAGCGGCAGCUUCGGCUAUUCCAACUCGAUCUUCCAACACCAGAUCACAAAAUUCUCUCCGUAAUGCACCUUGUCAAGCGCAGCAAGCUCGUAUUACGUACAAUUCAGCAAGAAAUACCGUCCUAUUGCAUCGCAUGUGGAAAGGUCCUCAGAGAAAUACAGCGGCGCCAGCGUAUAACAGUAACGCGACCACAUCGACACAUUAUCAGAAUAUGAACGUCGUGUUAAACGACACCAAUUGUCCUUAUUAUCAAUUAUACGGUCCUCCGCCUAGUUAUGAAACGGUAAUAGCACAAACGCGCGGCAAGCUCUCAAAUCCAACAUCGCCGGAGUCCUCAGCCGCGCGACUGAAUCUGCAGACGGCAAAUGUGAUACCGAAUCCGAGUGUACCACAAUGUUUUUUCUACAGCUGCAAUUCUCCAGCAAGAUUGGUGGAUGGUAAUUCGAGUCAAUGUCAAAGUGACAACGUAAAUGCUCAUCAGCUCGACAGUCACGAGAGUGUUCCGUUCGCGCAUUUUUCUCAAUAUUGCACCACCUCUGAGUGCGUACCUUUGGAGUAUCCGGCAGAACCGGUCGCGUCAGGAGGAGGUAAUUUUAGUUGCAGUUAUCAGAACAGUCCGCAUCGAUUGCCGGGAUAUCCAACGGACAGAACGUCCGACGCGUUGGAUGCGGAAAACGUGGCACAUGGCUACGAGAUUCCGAAUACGGAGGAACAUGCAAUGUUCAAUAUUGACGCUGCGACCAGCAGCUACGGAGAACGUAGUCCUUGGCAUGAAAAUGAUCAGUCUUUAUUAGUUCACGGUAACAUCCCCAUGCAGGGUGAAAAUCGAGCAUCUCAAAAGAGAUGCAUGACGACUGCGGAUAGGCAUUCUCUCUCGCCUAAGUCGGAGAAUAAAAACGAGAACGGAUUGAAGCGUACAUUUAACGUGGCUGCUGUAAUGCAGGAAAACUUCCCGAGAGAGCGCAUGAAUUUUGGUGGUUCCUUGCGAUUACCGCGUAGACACGCUAGAGGUGUCAUUUGCCAAGGCGACAGCUUCCAACAAGUUCUCCCUGGAGAUUCGUCGAACGCUUCCCAACGGAACACUUUUAAUUCCGCUCAAACAACGGCUUUCGAUGGCGCUAGUUCUCUAGAACGAGAUGCGAAUUCUUCUCAAUCAAAUCCAUCCAAUAAUGUGAUAUUAGAAUCCUUUAUUUUUGAAAAUGUGCAAUCGCCUCCGAGUGAAAAUGUUGAGGAGGCCCGCGGUCCUCGUACGAUAAAUCGUGCAAGUGUAAACUUUGAUCUUGAAAGUAAACACAAAUUAGACAGAUCGAAGUCACUAGACUGAAUGUAAAUCGAAAUUCUUAUCAUUGCGCGUAUCACGCGAUGUUUAUUCUUGUAUGUCUGUAUUAUUCGCGCAUAACUUAUAUAGCAAUACAAACUCAACUAGUACAGAGAUUAAAAAAGAAUUCAAGGUUAUGUCGUCAAUUUAGAAUUCAUUUUGAGAUACAAAAAAUUUUUUUUCUGAAAAGAGUUCUUUUUGCAUCUGCAAAUGAAUUCUAAAUUGAUAAUAUAAGCCUAAAUUUUUUUUAACUCUGUGCUAUUUGGGAACUUAGUCGUUCGUUAUCGAGAUAUAUCAGAAUACGGAGUUUCCAACCAUUGUGAUGUUAUUUUAAUUAACAUAUGUGUGUAUGGUACAUUUUAUCAAUGAAUAUUUCCUAUUUAUUAAUUCCAUAAUAUUAUUUCACGUUUAAUUUGAUGAUUGAUUCUUGUGAAAGAUGUGUAUAUGUCAUUCAUUAUUAUCUUACACGAAUCUAAUAGACAUUAGAUUUAAAUCGCACAAUAUUUUUUGCAAGUAAUGUUGCUGAAGCUAAACUAUUUUGAUUAUCUAUUGAGAUGCUAAAUAUUCUCUAAGUUAUUUCUAAGUGUAAUAGGAGAUAGUUCCACUUACAUACGUCGGCGAAAUAUCUUUAUUUCCGAUAUCUAUGACGCAUACUGCCAUGGAAAGAUAUUUCUGAACGUUGCGUAUACUAUCAGAUACCAUUUCUUUUAGUUCUGCAUUUAAAAUAAUGUAAGAUUAAGAUCGAAACAGUGAAAAUGGUGUUUCAAAGCGCGGCCCAAUUUAAAUCCACCUACGCACAAAGAAAGAUAUCAAUCAUUACUCUAUAUAGUAAUGAUAAGUAAAUUGCACAUUAUUUCAAUUAUUACAAGUGAAAAAACGUACUUACGAAUUAUUUAUGAAAGAUCAUGGAACUGGCUAGGAUUUCCAAUAAAAUUUAUAAUAAAUAAGAUUUAUUUUAAAUAUAAAUAAAUUAUGACAUAUUUUUUCUAAACAAUAAUGUUGAUAUAUUGAAUUUGAUAAUGCCGAAAUGGUCUCGCUCUUCGUGCGGUGUAUUUCCAUCAAGCCAGUCUUCUCUAUAUAUUUAAGCUUCUAUCAUAUAUAAAUAUAUAUAUGCACAUUAUUAUUAUCUCUAUAUUAAAGAACGUGUAAAUUAUGCGUUGCACACAUACUUGACGUUAAAUUAUGGCGAUCCAAAGAGAUGAUAGUUUAUUAUGAAAAAAAGAUUUUACGAUUAAAACAGCAAUACUCUCAUAACAAAAAUGCGGUCGCGCAACAGAACAACAAAGGAGGUCAUUUAGAACAUAGAAAAAUACGAACAUGUGGGAAUACAUUGAUGAAAAUAUAAUUUGUCAUUCAAGUAAACUUGAUUACAAAUUUGAUUAUAUUCGCGUAAAAGUAAUACGUUAAUUUUUCUUCGCGUAUAAUAUCACGGAUUUAACAUUGUUACUUGAAAAUCUCUUCGUAUUUAUAUGUAAAAAAAAAGACUGCGUCUUUGUGCUGUGACAUGAACAAUCUUGAUUUACCACAAUUUUAUCAACGUGGGAACAUUAAUUGCGAUCCUCGCAAAUCAUAUCUUUUAGAUAAAUUGCAUUAAAAGAAAAACCGACUCGAUUUACAUACGCGCUGUAUUCUUCCUUGCUAUUAUUUUUAUUAUGUGGUACACACACAUGCAAUGUGUACUGUAUUUUAAGCUCGCGGGAUACUACAUCGCCAGUCCUUCGAUUUAGGUUCUUGAGCGGUCCAAGAAAAUGUAAUACGUGCCAAUAGCGACAAGUCCGUUAGAUAAGCAAGCAAUUGGAUGAGCGAGACGCGGUCUCGCAGCCAAGGAGGUCUUACCUUAAAAUGCAAAGCAAAAUAAAAGAGAUAUAUAUGUACACACUUAUUUUUUGUAAUUGAACUCUAACUGAUACAUAAAUGGGCUGUUUAACGAGAGUCCGUGUGAUUAUAAAUGUAAUAAGCUUGUAUCAUAUAUAUAUUGUAUAUCGUAUAUAUACCUAUAAUAUAUAUACCGCCACAAGUCUACAACAAUUUCUAGUCAGAAGUCACUAUAUUUUGUGUGCGUGCGUAGCCUACGCGUUAUAUCAUAUAGCUUUAACAAGCUCUAGUCUUUGAAUGAUCUUCUCACCGUAAUGUGCAAUCAUGUAUCCAAGCGGUAUCAUUGACACUGUUGUAAGGUACCGUAUCUAAUGUGAAAGAAUGUCUAUCCGAAAUAAAGACACCAAAUAUUUAUUCACGUAC